UGGGCGGGCCAUCGCGCUGCCAGGCCCUAGUCCGGGAGCUUCCCGGCCGCCGCUAACCAGCGAGCGCGGAGCCGGUCGCAGGCAGACCAUGUGGACUCUGGUGAGCUGGGUGGCCUUAGUGGCGGGGCUGGUGGCUGGAACACAGUGCCCAGAUGGUCAGUUCUGCCCUGUGGCCUGCUGCCUGGGCCCGGGAGGAGUCGGCUAUAGCUGCUGCAGGCCUGUUCUGGGCAAGGGGACCACAGUGCUGAGCAGGCACCUGGGCAGACCCUGCAGAAUAGAUGCCCAUUGCUCUCCUGGCUACUCCUGCCUCCUCACCGUCUCAGGGACCUCCAGCUGCUGCCCGUUCCCAGAGGCCGUGUCGUGUGGUGAUGGCCGCCACUGCUGCCCACGGGGCUACCACUGCAGCGCUGACGGGCAGUCCUGCUUCCAAAGAGCAGAUACCAACCCCUUGGGUGCCGUCCAGUGCCCCGAUGGCCGGUUCGAAUGCCCCAACUCCUCCACGUGCUGCUCGAUGCUAGAUGGGUCCUGGGGAUGCUGCCCCAUGCCCCAGGCAUCUUGCUGUGAAGACAAGGUGCACUGCUGCCCCCACGGCACCUCCUGUGACCUGGCUCACGCCCGCUGCCUCACAGCCACGGGCACCCACCCCCUGGCAAAGAAGAUCCCUGCACAGAGGAGUAACCGGGCAGUGGUCCUGUGCCCCGACGCACAGUCCCAGUGCCCUGAUGGCUCUACCUGCUGUGAGCUGCCUAGUGGGAAGUAUGGCUGCUGCCCGAUACCUGAUGCCGUCUGCUGCUUGGACCACCUGCACUGUUGUCCCAAGGACACCGUGUGUGACUUGGUCCAGAGCAAGUGCCUCUCCAAGGAGAACGCUACGGACCUCCUCACUAAGCUGCCAGCUCACGCAGUGCAGGAGGUGAAGUGUGACAAGGAGGUGAGCUGCCCAGACGGCUACACCUGCUGCCGCCUACAGUCAGGGGCCUGGGGCUGCUGCCCUUUCACCCAGGCUGUGUGCUGUGAGGACCAUGUACACUGUUGCCCGGCUGGGUUCAAAUGUGACACGGCGAAGGGUACCUGUGAGCAGCAGGCCCAGCAGGCGCCCUGGGUGGUGCAGGCCCUAGCCCGCCUCCGCCUGCCAAAACCCCAGGCCGUGGGGGACGAUGUCCCUUGUGAUAACGUCACGAGCUGUCCCUCCUCCAAUACCUGCUGUCAACUCUCGUCUGGGGAGUGGGGCUGCUGUCCUGCCCCGGAGGCUGUCUGCUGCUCAGACCACGAGCAUUGCUGCCCCCAUGGCUACACGUGCUUGGCUGAGGGGCAGUGUCAGAAGGGGGACAAGGUGGUGACUGGAUUAGAGAAGAUGCCCGCCCGCCGGGGUUCCCUGUCUCACCGCAGAGACAUGGGCUGUGACCAGCACACCAGCUGCCCCGUGGGGCAGACCUGCUGCCCAAGCCUGAGUGGGGGCUGGGCCUGCUGCCAGUUGCCUCACGCCGUGUGCUGCGAGGACCGCCAGCACUGCUGCCCGGCUGGGUACACCUGCAACGUGAAGGCCCGAUCCUGUGAAAAGGAGGCUGACUCUGCGCACCUUGCCGCCCGCCUGGUCCAUGGCCCUCGCGUGGGUGCGGGGAACGUGGAAUGUGGGGGCCGUCACUUUUGCCACAAUAACCAGACCUGCUGCCAAGUUAGCGGAGGGGGCUGGGCCUGCUGUCCCUAUCGCCAGGGAAUCUGCUGUGCGGAUCAGCGUCACUGCUGCCCUGCUGGCUUCCGAUGUGGGGGCAAGGGCAGCAAGUGUCUACGCAGGAAGAGCCUGAGCUGGGACAUGUCCUUGAAGGAGCCAGCCCUGAGACAGCUGCUGUGAGACUGAGAACUGAAGACACCUUGCAGCCCUCGGGCCCCUGCUCGGAGGGCGCCCACUGCUCAGGCCUCCCCAGCACCUCUACCCCCACCGAAUUCUUCUGGAUUCCCCCAUUCUGAGUCCCUCCCCCCUUCAUGGGAGGUGGGGCCUCAAUCUAAGGCCUUCUCUGUCUCCAGGAGGGCUGUGGCGAAAGCCAUGUUACAAGCUGCCAUCCCCUCCCCCAGUUUCCGUGGACCCUGUGGCCAGGUGCUCUUCCCUAUCCACAGGGGUGUGUGUGUGUGUGUGUGUGUGUGUGUGUACGCGUGCGUGUGCUGCAGUAAAGUUUGUACACUUUCUUAA